CAACAUUGCAUAAAAGAAGCAAGACGCCAUUUUAGGGUGUGGGACAGACGUGGGAGUAACGUGUAACUUUUGACAAGGUAAAGAGGAAACUUAAUUGUUCUGGUCAGAACUACAACAUAAAGAUACUCUGCAUUGUGCUCAGUCUCAAUUAUAUUAGAUAUUAUAGGCAGCAUUUACAGAAACCAUGGCUGAGAAAUUGGAGAGUUACCUGAACUGUUACGUCUGCUCUGAGACUUUCAGAGAUCCUGUGUCUCUGGGCUGCCACCACAGCUUCUGCUCCAGCUGUCUGACUAAGUUCUGGGAUCAGGCUGAAAACAAGAACUGUCCAGUCUGUGAGAGAAAAUCCUCUAAAGAGACUUUUGAUAUCAACCUUUUAUUGAAGGAUUUAGCUGACUCAUUUGCUGGGAGACACAAAGCAGGGCCGUCUGAAAAGAGGAGACGAGAGGAGACGGUGGAGGUGGAUGAGGCGGUGCAGGUCGAGGAAGGGGUGGAGGUGGCGUGUAGCAAACAGUCAGAGAAGUUUAAGACAGUGGUUUGGGUCGUCGAAGAGUCUGAGGUAAUCUGCAGUCUGCACAGUAAGAAGAUCUGGAUGUUCUAUCAGGAGGACAAAGAACCCGUCUGCUCCGAGUGUCACGGCUCCAAACACAGAUCUCACACUUGUGUCUUAGUAGACAAAGCUGCCCAGGAGAACAGGACCCAGACAGUAAACUCAGAGAAGCAGAUAAAGGAGAAGUUCAACAAGCUUCACCAGUUUCUACAUGAGGAAGAACAGGCCAGGACUGCAGCUCUGAGGAGAGAGGGCAAAGAGAAGAGUGAGACAAUGAAAGAAAAGAUUGAGGGAAUAAAUAGAGAGAUGGCCUCACUUUCAGACACAAUUGAAGCCAUAAAGCAGGAGCUAAAUGCAGAGGAUGUGUCAUUCCUGCAGGUAAGGAUGUGUUUUGUGGCAACCAGGGAGCCAAGUAACAGCAGAGAGCCAAGCAUCACCGCUGGCAGUGCUCUGGGCAGCUCUGGCUCAGGGGAUCCAGUCCUGGUUUGACCAUGUCCUCCUGCCCUGUCAUGCAAGAAGAGAUUACUGUCAUAUAAGGCAAAUAUGUUUGUAAACAUUUUGUUGAGAUGAAGAAGCUUAGAAUAGAUGACACCCCAAGUGUAAAUCAUUUUGGUAUUUUCUCAUAGAAUAUUUCAAAUCUUUGGGACACCAUGUAUUUCAGGAAGUAGAUUUAAAAGAGACAGAAAAGGUCAGUAAAGAAGUCAUGUCUUAGUCUCUUAAAAGCUUUUCAAAUGAAUACUUCUCUAUCCUGUCUGGUCUUGAUGCGAGGUGAUCCAUUUUCAAAUGACCAACGCCCAUUUUACAGUUGCAUAAUUACAAUAAUUCAUAAAAAAGUGUUGAUCACAUACACAGAUGUUGGAAACACAAACUUAGAUAUGACAAACCUUUCAUACCUCAUGAAACCAGACUUUCCAGUAUGAAAAUAACUUUCCAGUAUGAAAAUAACUUUCCAUUAGGACCAACGUGAGUAGAACUGAGAGAGCGUUUUCACUUCCCUGAGGGGCAUUGACAGUGCUGCAGUGUGUGAGAUCGGCAGAAAAACCCAAA